AUGGCACAAGCAAUCAGCAUCGUUGUUGCUGGAGCUUCCCUCGCCGCACUCUCUUCGCAACCCGCACUGCGCGCGACCCUUACAGACACAUUAUCGCGAUGGACAGGCUACAACGCACCUGGCGGUAUAUGGCGAAUCGCUGCGAUCCUGCUCGCCCUGGCAAAUCUUAAAAACCUACCAGGCGUGUGGCAUCUGCGCUUCUUCCGCGCCCUCGUAUACCAAAUAUACUUCCAACCAACCCCAAUCCCGCCUCAUGCGCUCUUUCAACCCAUCGUCACAUCGACCCGCACCCCGCUCCUCGAAACGGACUACAACAUGCACAAGUCCAACAGCACGUAUUUCUCCGACAUGGACAUCUCGCGCACGCACCUCUUCACCGCGAUAAUCCGCAACGGCAUCAAGAAGAACAGCCGGCUCUAUGGCGCCAAGAAGAGCGCUGUGCCAGCUGGCGCAACUGAAGGCACGCGAGGCCGCCACCUGAUCGCGCUCGGCGGGAUAAGCUGCCUAUUCAAGCGCGAGAUCCUGCCGUAUACGAAAUAUGAAAUGUGGACGCGCGUGCUGUGCUGGGAUCGCAAGUGGUUCUAUCUCGUGACGCAUCUUGUCAAACCUGGUGUGGGUAAGCCGAAGACGUGGACGCUGCAGCCGUGGCGCAAGGUCAAGGGCAGUGAAGUCGAGAGAGAGAAGUUGAUGGGCGCGGUGUAUGCGACGGCUAUUGCGAAGUAUGUGAUUAAGCGCGGGCGGAUUACCGUGCCGCCUGAGCAGGCGCUUGUGGAUGCGGACAUGGUGCCUGUAAAGCCUGAGGGAUGGGUGUAUCAUGGCGAGACUGCAGUGAAUGGGGAUGAGAGUACGGAGGAUAUGCUGCCACAGCAGGUCAGUGCGGACGAGUGGAAUUGGGAUGUCAUUGAGAAAGAGCGAUUGAGAGGUUUGGAAGUGGCGCAGAAAUUUGCGGAUAUGGAUGGGAUGCAUGAGUACUUCGAUGGCGGGAAGGAUGGCGCAUUGGGCGAGUAUGCGGACUUGUUGUUCUAA